CCUCUAUUCGGUCUGGAACUACCAUGAAUAGCGGACCCGAAAGUAACAGCAGCGCAGCCAGCUCCGUCUCUUACGACACUGUGGACCUGGCCAGCGUCCCUCACGUGCCACAAGCCCUGCAGGAGCUGAUGCUACGCACGGGCUACCCUCUGGUGCAUGAGAAUGGUCAGCGCAAAUACGGUCCGCCGCCAGGCUGGGAGGGGCCAUCGCCUCCCAAGGGGUGCGAGGUCUUCAUUGGCAAAAUUCCUCGAGACCUGUACGAGGACGAGCUGGUGCCGGUGAUGGAGCGAGCAGGCAAGAUUUACGAGGUGCGGCUCAUGAUGGACAUAAACGGCAAUAACCGCGGCUACGGCUUCGUCCAGUACUCCUCCCGCCAAGAGGCCGAGAAUGCCCUGCGCCUCAAUAACUAUGAGAUCAGACCCAAGCGGUACCUUGGUGUGAUGCGCAGCGUCGACAACAACCGCCUUUUUGUGGGCGGCAUCCCCAAGAACCGCACGCGGGAGGAAGUGCAAGAGGAGAUGAAGCGUGUUACGGAGGGCGUUGUUAAGAUCAUCUUGUACGCGUGUAUCAACGACCGCGCCAAGAACCGCGGUUACGCCUUCGUUGAGUAUACCUGCCACAAAUCAGCGGCAAUGGCCCGCAGGAGACUCUUCUCAGGCCGCAUCCUUUUAUGGGGCAACACAGAAGUUAAAGUUGACUGGGCAGAACCUGAACUCGACGUCGACAAUGACAUUAUGUCGAAGGUGAGGGUGUUGUACAUGCGCAAUUUGUCAUUAACUACCACGGAAGAAGACAUAAGGAAUCUCUGCAACAGUUCCAAUGGGGUGGAACGCGUCAAGAAACAAAAAGAUUACGCCUUUGUCCAUUUUGCUACAAGGGAGCAAGCUGAAGUUGUCAAAGCUUCUCUAAAUGGGCGUGUUGUUCAUGGUUGUGAACUGGAAAUUACAUGGGCAAAACCAGUAAAGAACCGUGAGGAAUACCAUCAGCGGAAAUCCCUGGCCCGUUCCAUGAUCAGUGCAGGACAGAACCAGACUGGCUAUGUGUCUCAUGUUACUCCUGGAGGAAUCUGGUUUGUGUCCUCUCCCAAUCAUGCCAGGGAGUCGGUCCUUGUUAUGCCACAAGUACGCAGGGCAGCUGGUACUCAGGGACUUCAGCACUACCCAACUAGAGGACUCUCUUCACGGGUCAGAGCUACAGAGACUCAGCUUGUGGGGAUCCCUGCUCCUACAAUGUUUGCGCCACAGGAACCGCAACUUAAAAGCCCACACGAGGUCAUCAUUCCUAGCUUUCCAAGUGGUGGUAUCCCUUUUCCAUCAGAGAAGAUAGCCAGCCCUGGAGGAGAAGUUCGAGGUACUCUGCAAACCAACUCUGGUAUAACAACUGUUAAUUCAAGACUGCUGCAAGCAAACCAGGCCUUACGUGGAGUUCCUCUUGCCCCACAGUACUUCAUGGCAUCUCCAAUGAACAUGCCACCUCUUAUAACACCUGCCAUGACUACUGCAAGCCCUCAGAGCAUGACAGUGUCUCCAGGCACAUAUUUGGUGCCUUCUGCUCCACUAACUGGAUAUGAAAGUCUGAAUCCUUAUGCCUUGCAAGCAGCAUUCUACCAGCAAGCUCUUAUGGCCCAGCCAGGUAUUGCAGCAAUGGACAGGCUACGUUACAGUACCACUGGGGAGUAAGCUCAGGUAUUUCACUCUCUGUCCACAGAAAGUAGCAUCAUAGUUAUCAUGUACUUCUUCUGUUAUACAUUUGGUUUAAAACAAUGGUAGUACCAUGUGGAACACUGUGGUGUUGGUGGUAUUAACAUACUGUACAUCCAAUUGUAUAACUCGUAUUAAAAUCAUACCAGUAAGAAAAUGAAGCCGCUCAGGGAACAGUGCCUAAAAACCAUUUUUAUCAAACAUUAUUCCCCAUGAACCAGAUAUUGAAGUACACAUAUAAAAACAAAUGCUGCCCAUGCACAUACCAUCACCUCAAUGCAUACCAAAACUUUAAUCCUUCAGCAAAUAAGUUGUUACUGCAUACAGUAGCUAUAUCUAGACUUUACAACUGAGGCAAAGUUAGGCAAAAUUUAGAUGAUAUGCAAGCAGAUGUGGAGUGUGUCACCCAUGUGAUCGCCAAGUCACCUUGUAGGAUAUUUCAGCAAAUACUUCAAGUAUUACAACUAUAUUGGAUCUCCAGAAUUAAUUGUUUUGGGAAACAUUAUAUAAGUACCUGUACCACUCGACUUAGAUUGUGGGAAUAAGAUUGUGCUAUAUAAUUAAGUGCAAGCAAGUCCCAAAGGUCUUGAAAGCCCUUUAGGGAUAGUGUCGAUAUGGUUCACUAAACCUUCAAUACAUGAGUAGGCAGCCAGGUCAGCACUGCACUUGACCACCUUCACUUCCUUACUCUAAAGGCAGGUACCCAUUAACAGCUAGGUGGACUGAGGAUGCCCUUGAAUAAAAUCAGUAACCCUUUGGGCAUGAGGCGAGCACAAUAUCCACUCAGUUGCUACACCCAUACUUAAGUAAACAUGAAUAAACAAUAAGAUUUCAGUAAGGAUAUAUGUCAUCCUUAUGAUGGGUGUGCAGCUUAAAGUGUCAACAGAGGGGAGUCAGCAGGUUUGUUAAUGAAAAUAUAAGACCCUCAAAAAGUAAGUCCCAGUUUGCCAUUAGAAAAGAGUAUAUUUUCUGUGAUAGCUGAUUUGUUUAUAGUCAAGACUCGCUAUAUAAGAGACCUGUCCAAUGAAUUCUGUCAACUUUAUAUUUGAUGAAGCUGCAUUUUAUAUACCGAGUAUAUGCAAUACAGUACAGUACUUGUGUUUAUUUAUUGAGAAUCAGUGUAAGAUAACUAUUUAGGUAAAAGCUUAUUCAGUACUUGUAGGUGCAUUACAAACAUGAAGUACACUUGUGAAAUAUGGGUGUAAAACACUAUACAUUAAUGAAAUACUGGAUACUUUAUUCCUUUAUGCAUUUUGAGCAUAACUUUUUUAUAAUGUUUAACAGUCAUUGAAAUUACUGUACAGGGUAUUGUACAUGUUGGUUUUUUUUUCAACAUAUUACAUCAGGUUAUGAAAACUAUGCAAUAAUAUCUCCAGUAUUUGUUAUAAGAUUCAUCAAAGAAGGUAUUCCAAAAAGCAGGUUGUAGACAAGAUUCAGAAUGAUUUUCUAAAAAAAAAAUAAGAACUGUAUUGACAAAUGUAGUGAUAUUAUGA